CUCCACGGCCUUGAUACUUGUUCAACUUAGUGCAGGAGCUGGUCGCGUCAGAUAAAGAGGAGAAAAGUCGUUCCUGCCCUUGGUCUUAGUGAGAUGAACGGUGGCUCUAUAUAAGGCAAGGCAAUCAAGUCACUUCGACCUGUCUCUCAAACCGCAACUGCUUCCCUCCAAUUUCCUUCCGAACCCGACAGGCCACACGAAGGUAACCGCCCCCGAGCUCCUCAUCGUCUCGCUCUCUGCUACCCUGCUCGCAGCUCGGGCUCUCCAUGGAGGGGGAGCUCGGGUACCUGUCGCCUGCGGGGUCGUCCUGCGUCUCCACCGAGCGCUUCGGCUCGUCGCCGCGGGAGAAGCUGCUCGACUCCACUCCCUCGUCGCGCGUAUCCGACGGCCGCGGCAAGGGAGGCCUGCUCCGUUCGCCCACAUGGGGGCCAUCACCGACCGAGACGCAGCUCCACUCGCCCUCAUCGUGCGUCUCCGACGGCCGCUACGUCUCGCCGCUCCGCAUGUCGGCGGAGCAAGCGAGCGAGGUGUGCGAGGCGGAGAGGCUCCUCCGCGCGAUCGCCGACCGCUACGACGACUGCUUCCUGCGCCUGCGCGACGCCACGGCCGAGGUCGCUGACCUCCGCCUCGAGCGCCUCCGCCUCAGAGCGGAGAACAUGCACCUGUCUCUCCUCCUCGAGGAGCUCGAGGCCGAUCAGGGGAAGCGGGCGAUCGCGCCGGCUCCGACACCACCGCCGAAGCCGACGGAGGAGGUAGCAGCACGCGGGGGCGCGCCGAAGAGCAUCUCCAUCCGUUCCAAGUGCUACCUCUCGCAGGCGAAGCAGCCGCGGGGCGAGGCAGAGGCGCAGCGCCUCCGUGUUCGUCCGCCUCCUGCGAUCGAGCAGGCAGGGGAGGACGAGGCGAAGGGGGAUGGAGAAGUGGUGGAGCUGGAGGCGUACAGGCAGGGCACCCAGAAGACGGAGAUGUGCAACAAGUGGGAGGGCGGCGCCUGCUCCUACGGCGGCCGGUGCCGGUUCGCGCAUGGCCUGCAGGAGAUGCGCCCCGUCAUCCGCCACCCGCGCUACAAGACCCUCCCCUGCCAGAUGUUCGCUGCCGCCUCUGGCUGCCCCUACGGCCACCGCUGCCACUUCCGUCACUCGCCAGCGCCCACCGCCCAGUCCUACUAGUCCGCCGCCGCGGCCACCAACACCAACUGCUCGUCGUCUCCUAUUGCCGUGUAAUGGCAUCCUCUCCUCCGACCUGCCUUCCUCCCCUCAUUGCCUGCGCGCAUGUCUGAUGCCUUCACCAGGGACUGCUUGCGUGUCAUAGAAUCAGUAGUAGCAUUACGCAUUGAGCUCAUUUAAUCAGUAGCUUAAAGUUUUAAAACAGUUAUUAAAAUCAGUUAAUCAGUAGCUUUUCUAUAGAAGAGUUAAAAUCAGUAGCUUAGUAAA